AUGGCGGUGGACCUGAUGAACUUUCCGAAGAUGGAAGAUCAGAAGGCUAUACAGGAAGCUGCAUCGCAAGGCUUGAAAAGCAUGGAGCACCUGAUCCGCUUUCUAUCGCACCAGCAGCAAACUAACCAGUCGUCUCGCUUGGACUGUACGGACAUCACCGACCACACCGUCUCCAAGUUCAAAAAGGUCAUUUCGCUCCUGAACCGGACCGGCCACGCCCGGUUCAGACGCGGACCUGUUCAACCGGAUCAACCGGUUCAGUUUUCCUCUUCUUCUUCUCAUCCCUCGUAUUCACAAACAUUGAGCUUGGCUCCGGCUCUGAAUCCGAGGCCCUCUCCUGCGCCGUCUCCGGUCACUACACUACCGAUCGUCCCGCCGGCUCCGAUCGAGUCGAGCUAUGUCCAAUCUCAGCCGCACAGCGUGACGCUAGACUUCACGAGGCCUAAUGUCUUCGCAUCAAAUCCUAAGAGCACGGAGAUCGAGUUCGCGAAGGAGAGCUUCAGCGUCUCAUCGAGCUCGUCGUUUAUGUCGUCGGCGAUCACCGGAGACGGCAGCGUUUCGAACGGCAAACAAGGAUCGUCGAUCUUCCUGGCACCCGCACCGGCCGUCUCCGGCGCAAAGCCUCCGCUCUCUACGGCGCCGUUUAAGAAGAGGUGCCACGAGCACGACCACCACUCCGACGACGCGUCGUGCAAGUAUUCCGGCUCGGGUUCUGCUUCUGGCUCCGGCAAGUGCCAUUGCUCCAAGAGAAGGAAAAAUCGGGUGAAGAAAACCAUUCGGGUCCCAGCGAUUAGUUCAAAAAUCGCCGAUAUUCCACCGGACGAGUACUCGUGGAGGAAGUACGGUCAAAAGCCGAUCAAGGGCUCACCCUACCCAAGGGGAUAUUACAAGUGCAGUACGGUUAGGGGGUGCCCAGCAAGGAAACACGUGGAGCGUGCCCCGGAUGAUCCGGCGAUGCUGAUCGUAACAUACGAAGGGGAACACCGUCAUGCGCCGGAGAACGUGGGGUUGGUGUUCGAGUCAACGUGA